UAUGCUUACGACAACGAGUCGAUCGCGACACAUUUUUAAGAUAAAAAGUAGAUCUUAUGUACACAAAAGUUGGCUACCCCUGCUCUAUAGGAUUCGGGAUCGAAUUCAGGCGAGCAACACCAGAAAUUUAUUCAUGGGGUCUGUUCCGGUUAUGUCGGGCUCCGUCGAAUCUACUAAUGAGCAUCAGGAGGAAGCAAUUCCUGUUAUCCAUAGGACAGAGAGAAUCAGAACGAAGAGAAAAAAAAUGUUAAAUAUAGAAUAUUUAAAAAAAAUUCAGUCAUUAAAAUAUUUAUAGAAAUGGAGGAAAAAAUUCAAAAUGAAAUGUUUAUUUAGGAUUGUAUGAGAUAUAAACAGUAGGGGGCGUUUUACGAGUGUGAGUGUACUUAAGGAUUCAAAUGUGAAAUUUACGAAUUAAUGAAAAGAUUUCAAUUUAGCUAUUUUGAAUGUAAUAUUGUGUUUUAUAAUGAUUCUAAUAAUUUAAAAUCAAAUAAUUUUCAAAAUGGGUAGACAUGGAAGUACUAAGAAACCACUAAAAGAAAAAGUUGUACAGAUUUAUGAAGCAUUUUUUAAGAAUGAAGAUCCAUCAAAAGAAAAUCCAAACUUUUGGGAUGAAUUUUUUUUAUUAAGAACAAAUGUUAAUUAUUUGGAAAAUGAAUUUGAAAAACUCUCUAAUGAAGAAUUGCUACAGAGAAAGGAGAUAAUAAAUAAUUUAUUCUAUCAUUGUGUUAAAGCACUAAAAGCCGAUCAUCAGAUAAGAGUUUUAAAUGCAUUACAAAUGCUAUGUGCUCUUGUUAGAGGAGUUUUCAGGAAAUCACUUGAAAAUUUUGGAUUUGAUGUGAUAAAUAUUUUAAUUGGUUUUGAUGUUGCUGAACAUCAAAUGCAGAUUCUUACAGAUCAUCUUUCAAGCUUUUUAACUGGAGAGCAUUCUCAUAGUUUAAAAUCUCUUGUUUUAAAUUUCUUAUUAAUUUUGGUGACGGCAACAGAAAAUGUUAGUCAAAACACGAUUUUGGAAUAUUUAAUGAUGAAUAGUGUUUUUGAAGCAAUAAUACAGAUUUUAGCUGACUCUCAAUCUAGACUUUAUCAUGGUUAUGAAGCAGUAUUACUUCUCACUAUUCUUGUUAAUUACAGAAAAUAUGAAGCAGCAAAUCCAUAUAUUGUCAAACUAUCUAUUGUGGAUAAUGAAGUAGCUCUUAAUGGUUAUGGUCAAAUUGUUUCUUCUGCAUUAUCAGAAUUCAACAGGAAAUUUUGUCAGCAACAAUUACAACCUCAGAGUGGAUUUCUGUCAACUUUAACUACAAUGGUUGGUAACAUGUUUUUAGCAGAAGAAAAUGGGAUGGAGAAAGAUUGUUUACGGGUGAAUCCAAAUUUAAAAUGUGUAGAUCUGAUAGCACUAUGUAACUUUGAAAGUCUGGAUCUGAAAUUCUGUAUUAGGCAUAGAAAAGACAAGCCACCUACUGUAAAUGAUACUGAUGUGACAGAAAACCAACAAGACCCUUCAGCAGUUGAUGUAAGUACUGUUCAUACACCACCAUCAAAUCUUUUAGUAACAUUCCUAGAAUUUUCCUCCAUAGUUAUGCAGAAUGUAAAAGAAGAAGCAAGUUUAAAUUCAUCAAAAUUAUGUUUCAUAAUUUUAACUUGUAUUGCAGAAGAUCAAUAUGCAAAUUCUAUAAUGCAUGAUGCAAAUAUGGUUUUUAAAGUACAACUUCAUCGAAUGCCAAUGAGGCAUAGAAAAAUGCCAUCGGAUCGAAUAGGUCCAUCUAGACCAUUAGCAACUGCGUUAUUAGAUCUAAUGGUUGAAUUUGUUUUGAGUCACAUGAGAAAAAACCUCCCUAUGGAACUGUAUUUGAGAUGUUUAGGAGUUGUCCAUAGACUUCUUUGUUAUCAGAAGAAAUGUCGUAUUCGUUUACAAUAUAAUUGGAAGGAACUGUGGACAGCUCUUAUUAGUUUGCUGAAAUUUUUGCUCAGUCAUGAAAGUGAUCUAGUCAAGAAGUAUAACAUUUUCCAGUUAGCCUGUCAAGUAGUUAACAUAUUUAAUUUGUUUAUUACGUAUGGGGAUACAUUUCUCCCAUCUCCUGCCAGUUAUGAUGAAUUAUAUUAUGAAAUCAUCAGAAUGCAUCAAGCUUUUGAUAAUCUUUAUUCAAUGGCUUUGAGAUACACUACAUCUGAAGGAGAAUUAAAAGACAGUGCUGCCAGAUUAACUAAUAAUUUGGUGAAUGUUAGAGCAAUUAUUAAUCAUUUUACGCCAAAAAUUGAUACGUGGUCUGCAGCAAAUCAUUUAUCAGCCUUAACUGAAGAGCAGGUAUUAGAAGUUGUCCGCAGUAAUUAUGAUACUUUGACACUGAAACUUCAGGAUAAUUUAGAUCAGUUCGAACGAUAUUCCGAAAAGCCUCGUGAAUCAUCAUUUUUUACUCAAAUGGUUAGAAACAUCAUAUCCGAAUUUAGACAAAAUUUAAAUUUUACAACAUUAGAAAUGCAUAAUGUGCUUCAAGAAUUUUCUACAAUUAAUUAAAUUUGUUACAUACCCAAGUUUUUAUCUUCAGAUUAAAGAAAGAUGAAUUAUUUGAAAUUUAUCAAAAUGUUUAAAAUUAAUUUUUUGUACGUUAUUAAAAUAAUAUAUCUUUCAUGUUAAACUACAAGUAAUAAAGUUUUUCACACACCUUUCUCUGGAGUAAAUAAAUAUUUAAAAAUUUAGUUGUAAAUUCUUCAUAAGUUCAUGAAUUAAUGUAGGAAAUAUUAAUAUAAAUUUGAAUAUUACAUUUAUUUUUAAGUGAGAAUGAUUGUUUUUCUCAAAUUAUAUUUAUAAAAAGAUUUUCUUUUACAAAAUCAGGUUUCACUUUAGUUUUGUGAUGUAUUAAAAUAUAUUCUUGUAUAUAUUUUUUACUAUUUCUGACUUCAGGAAUCAAAUAAAUUCUCUAAAAAAUUAGAAAAAUUUUUGAAAUACUCCAAAAUUUAAUAAUUUUUAAAUCAAAAUUCUAUAUUCUUUUCAAACAGAGAAAGGAUUUAAACUUGUAAGAUUAAUAUUUGAAGAUAGUAAUCCUAUUUUCAUGAAUUAAUAAUUUUUGUUGGAUGUUAAUGGGGUUUAAGUUAUCUUUAGGAUAAUUUUUAUGAAAAGAUAUUAAGAUAUAAUAAUCAUUAAAUGUUAAUACAAUAAUUUUGCAAUAAAAGUAUUUUGUAAUAAAUUAUAAUUUCCUUUAUUGCAAACAUUAAAAUGCAUUUCCUUUAAUGAUAAUGAGUUGCCUAAAAUGAAGAUAAUUUCAUAAGAAUAUGAAGUUUUCUGAUGAAGGCAUAUCUGUUUAAAUAUUUAUCCCAAGAAAAUUAUUCAGAUUUUUAGAGAAAAAUUUGUACAAUUAUGAGAUUUAAUUAGUUGCAAGAUUAAACUAUUUCAUUGCCAUGGUUCGUUUAAUUUACAUGUUUGUUAUAUAUAUAUAUAUAUAUAUUGACUGGAUAAGGCCGAUCGAUGUGAAUGUAAUUUAUAUUAAUUAUCUACACAUAUCAGAAAUUAUCCAUAACCGGUAUUUUUUCAUGUGUUCUGUAUAAUUAAACGCUGUAGAAUGCUGGACAUUGAGAAUGAUUUUCAUAUAUGUGCAGCCGUUUUUAUGAGACAUGUAUAUAAAGUAUGUAUUGAUUUAAUGUUUUAUUAAAAAUAUAACCAAAUUA